AUGAGAGUCUGGAUUUCAAGACUCAUUGAGGGCAUAACUGCUGGAGUAAAAAGUGAGUCUCUACUAGACUCCACUAAAGAAGUGGAAUUAUCUACUAAUAUCCAGAGCUUCAUUGGAUAUCACAUAACUGGUGUCAAAGAGAAUAGUUAUGAAAGUCUCAUCAAGGAGAGCGCUUUCGCUUUACUCAUGGAGAACUAUUUAUGGAUCCAAG